UCAACAUGGUGGACGGUAGUGAUGGUGGUUCAGUUUCGACUGUGGCGUCAGUUUUAUCCUUGGCAGAAAAAAACAAGGAAGAGAAAUAUAGAUCAAUAGAGGUCGCAAAGGAAGUAGAGCCAGACCUAGAUAUUGGGAAUUUAUUAGCUACAGAUCUUCAGCCCGUUGAUAGACAAGAAUUUAGGAAAAAUAAAGAAGACUUCCUCAGAAAUCUUGCCAGAGAUAAUACGCAGCUGCUGUUGAAUGCCAUAUGGAAGCUUCCUCAUGAAAGAUCUGAAGGAGUUGUCCUUGUAAAGCUACCAGAGCCAAAUACAAUUAUUCCCAGAGAAAAACCAAUCCCUAAACCAAAACCACCCUCAAAAUGGGAAGAAUUCGCCAAAAGAAAGGGCAUCACAAAAAAGAAGCGUGAGAGGAUGAUUUUAGAUAAAAACACUCAGGAAUGGAAGCCACGUUAUGGAUACAAGAGAGGAAAUGAUGAAACUCAGGACUGGCUUCUGGAGGUUCCUCAGAAUGCAGAUCCAUAUGAAGACCAGUUUGAGAAAAAAAUUGAAGCAAAGAAGGAAAGAGUUUCCAAGAAUGAAUACCAAAGGCUGAGAAACAUAGCAAGAAACAGAAAGAUUCCUGUUCCAAAUAAAGAUCUUGCUCCUACCUCUGGACAACAAAGCAAAGAGCAGAUCUCAACAAAGUUAAACAUUAGCAGAUUGUCAACUGCAUCACUGGGAAAAUUUACUGAAAAACUGCGUGAUGAAAAGAUUCCAAGGAAAACUGGAAAGAAAAGAAAGUUUGAGCCUGUUGUGGGUGACUUGUCAAGUGAACGGAGUCGAAGUAGAGAGCUGGCAGAGAAAAUAGCCAAGAGAGAUCCUCUUGAUAUCAAUAAGGCCGUAAACCAACACAUAACAGAAGCGCAGAAAAGAGGAAGUGAGUUAAAAAGGAAAGGAGCUGGAAAAGGAAAGAAAGGAAAGGCAAAACUUGAUGCUAAAAAUAGAAACCGGAAACCAGCUGGAAAAUCACCGAGAAAAUCAGGGAAGAAAAAAGUCAAGAUUUAACGUGACUCAGAGCAUCUGUUUAUUACACUGGCUUUGAGCUAAUUCCGCAGAGAAUGGAGAGCCAGAAUUGGUUUUUACGAUUCCUUUACUACAGUUUUCAUUCUUCACCGUUUAAUGUUUGGAGAUUAUAGCGAGAAAUAUUCCAUGAAACUCAAACGGUACAUAGAAUAUUAAUGCUAUGCUUGUUUAACCAUGUCGCUCUAAUGGCGUCAAUUUUCGGGAAUAAUGACAAAAAUUUAAGUUACGGAUUAUGAAUAAAAUGAAAUGCAACAAAAUGGAA